AUGGCGGCGGUAGGCGCCGUUGUGGACGCCGUCUUCGGUUCGUACGACGUUAAGAACGCCAAGCAAUGGCGCGACGAGGACCUACUGCAUCGUGAACAGGAGAAGCAGUGGCGCGAGGACUCUAUUCAGCGCGAAUACGAAUGGCGGCGUGCCGAUCUGGAGCGCGAGCGGCGGGUGGUAAAGCUCGAGAACGAGAAGCGCAUCAUCGACGCGCGGCAUCGACAACUCGUGACCGUCUCACAGAUGUCAGCACUUCUUGCAGGUUUUACAAUGUCUACGAUCGUGGAGGUGCAGAUUGCCGACGCUACAAGCCAGCCAGUGAUGAUCCUGUACGGCGCUGUGUGCAGCUUAGAGUUUAUAGUUAUGUUAAUGUGCAUGCUGACGUGCAUGGCGCUGCUGCUGGCGCUCACACGAUUCGUUACGCACACGUUAGAAGGCGAGGUGCACGCGCUGUCAUCGCUAGAGCUGGACGUAGUCUCGCCCUUCUACGGCUGGUGGCUCAGCAAGUGCGAGCGCGAGUGGAUCCUGGCCUACCAUCUCUUUAGGAGCGGGGUGGCCUUGUUCCUUACGCAGGUGGCUCUGCUAGGUUGGGCUGUGUUCGGCGAGUGGGUGGCAGCCGCAUCGUGCAUGACGGUGCUCUGCGCGCUGGCGCUUGCAUACUUGGAGCUGCGGAUCGCCAGUCGAUGGAGAUAUCUCUGGAGGUUUCCGGAGUCGCAUACGCCCGGAUCCCCCACAGCGACAGCAAGGAGGUCGACAGUCGAUGCACCACCGCCAAUAACUCCAUAG